AUGGAGACAGAGUCACAGCCCUUUCUGACGCCCACCGCGACAGAUGGGGACCAGCAGCAGCAAAAAGGCUGGUGGCAUCAGGUUCAGCAUACGUGCAAAUCCAGCUUUUCUAAACCAAUCGCCCUUUGGAUUGGAGUUCCCGUUCUCAUAAAUGCAUUCGUUUUGAUAUCUCUCACUUCCUGGGUCGCGCACCAGCUUCGCGGCCUUCAACGCCACUUUGUUCCCACGAAAUUCACCGACUACUCCCAAACAGCAUAUUUCCAGGAUCCCGGCUCAUUGGCCGAUGCAGCUUGGGAGGAUCUACUUGGGGAUAUGUUCAUCCGAGUUUCAACCGAGGAACUGGACCUGGCAAACCAGACCUCAAUCUCGCUGCCUCGAGAUGACAAGCACCUUGCCUGGCUUGGAGUAUACCACGACCUGCAUUGCAUUGUACAGCCUCCUUUCCUCCUCCCCUACCCAAUCAAAAACCUCCAUGAUGAGCUCUAUUGGAAAUCAUGUACUUACUCUGGGCUCAAGAACACCCUCCGCCAAUGGAUUCACCGGGACUAUUACCAUCCCAACCUAACAGCCGCAGAGCAGAACAAACUCGAAUCCCACAUUAGCCAUUGCCUGGACAUGCUGCGCCAGAGUGUCCAGUGCCACGCCGAUGCAUAUCUGAUGACCUUCCGGUGGACAGAGACCCAGCAGAAACCCGAGUUCAACCCCGCAAUGCCCGUGCGAACAUGUGUCGAUUUCGCUCUCCUGCGACGGUCACUGCAGCCUCGGUCAGUGGAGUUGGAAGAGAUCCAAGGGUUGGAGAACCCACUAAUGGGGAAAGAGAUAUGA